AUGGCCAGCGGGAGCACCAUCUGCAAAGGCCCCGGCGGGUCCGGGUUGCUGCCGCCAGCAGAGAACCAGGGUCUGCCAGCCCCGCCCACCCCCGACCAUCCGACCCUAGACCACCCUUCCACCUACGCCAAACCCGCAGCCAGCACCCCGCAGGCCGCUGGCCAGCAUCAGCUCACCCCCCACCCAGCCGACCGUCGCGGCUCCCCGGCCCGCGUGCAGCGUCCAGGGCGCAGCAGGCCGGCCGGCGGGCUCCGCGGGACCCGUGCCAACGGGCUCCGUCCCCAGGACUCGGGCACAUGGAGUGGGCCCUCCUGCCAGCUGGGCGGCGGGUCCCCCCGGACCCGCCCUGACCCCUCGGCUGGCUCUCACCCCUGUCGCCGGCCAGGCCAGCACCGGGAGGAGGGCCUUUGUCCGGACACCCACAGACUCGCUGAGGGGGACGGCACCAGCCAGGCAGGCGCGCCGGCCCAGGAUGUCACCUUCUGCACAAGCAGCCCAGUGGCCCCGAGAGCGCAUGGGGACCCACACGGCUGUGAUGCCAACGCCGCCCUGCCCCGCGUGGCGGGAGAAGCCUGGUGCUCCCCCGAGGGCACGGGAGACACCGCAAGGGCGGCGGCACGGCCCAGGAGCCGAGUGGACGCGGAGGCCCCGGGCGCUCACGCCUUCCCCUCGCAGCUGGGCACCCCUGUGGGGGAGGGGCAGGGUGCCCUGCUGGUGCAACGGAGGGGGGGACUGCGCCACACGGAAGGGCCCCUCCUGCCCUUCCUCCACCCCCUCGCGGCCCCCACGGAGUUCAGCCCUGUGGCCCGGGAGGCAGCUGGCAGGAUGGGGAAAGCAGAGUCCCCGAGGUCCUCUCUGCCGUGUGGCUACCCUGGUCCCCACUCUGGCAGGAAUGACAGGUGCCCGUCGGAGGUGCCCACGGCGGCCCCCGCUCCCAGCGCCCAGCUGCCGCGGGGCCGCACGGUCCCCAGGGCCGGGCGCUGGGCAGGGCUGGAGGGCGAGCUGCCGCCGGAAGCCCGGCGCCUGCGGGCCUCCCCACCCCACGAGUCCGGGCCGGCGGCCUGCAAGUGUCGAUUCUGCGUGUCCGUCGAGAUGGACGAGACCGCCUUGGGUCCUCACACCUGGACAGGGCUAGAGCGCGGUCCCAGAUGUGCCCCCCAGGGGCCAGAUGAGGAAGGGAGCGCUAGGGCCAAGGUACGGGCGCCAGGGGCGGCCGCAGGGGGUGGGGGCUUCCUGCACCGCCCGGCAAGCCGUGCUGCCCUGGGCCUGCUGCGCGCCGCUGCACGGGGGCGCCCACUGAGGGGUCCUCAGCAGAGCCGGGUGGCCCUCCAGGUGCCGGGGGAGCGGGAGAACUCCCCAGCGGGCCCCCUCCCGGGGCAGUUCCACUGCGGAGCCCGGACCGCCGAAGGACCCCUGCUGGACCCGCGCAGGGUCCUCCUGAGCCCUCGGUCUCUCCCGGUCCUUCUCGGCCUUGACAGCCUCAGGGUCAGCCCGGGGUCCCGCACGGGGCCCAGCCUGGCCCUGCCUGGUCUCGGCCUCACAGUCAGGCCCGGCUCCUGCCCCGUGUCCUUGGCCACCCUACCACCCCCCAAAACGGCCCGUCUGCUCAAUGGUUGGUGCCUGCCCUUGCGGAGUGGCAGGGACUGCCCGGGCAGUGCAAGCCCCAGCACCAGGCUCAGCACCACCAAGGGCACACUGUUACCCAGCGCACGGGCUGCGCCACGCCAGCGGGCAGGGGAGGGCCGAGGGGACGCUGCCCGGAAGCAGAGCGGCAGGACCGCCACCGCAGCCCUUGCCCAGCCCCGCCCCGAGCUGCAGGCAGAGCCCGAGCCCCGCUCGCCAAGCAAAGCGGGCGCUGCCCCCACCCCGGCGCCGCGGUCCGGUGACAGCUCAGGUGGACACCGGGUAGUUGGGGCCCGGGCUGUGGGAGAGCCCGGAGGAGGGGCGGUCCCGGGGGCCGGGCUUCGCCUGCCUGCGCUGCGCCCCGGGGAGAGCGCCCUGCCGCCCGCGCGCGGCCCUGGAAGGUCGGGACCCGACCCACCAAACCCCGGAGAUGAGGCCAAAAACAGGGCACAGACAGGGAGCCCCCUGGUGGCCGCCCUGGAACUUGCAGGGCGCCGCGGCCCGCCCCCCUCCCGGAGGCCCCUCCCCACCCCAGCGCCGCAGGGCCGCCGCGUCCAGGGCGCCGGGGACAGCGCCGCCUGCCCCCGCCUCGGGCCCCCAGCUCCGGCCCCACCCGCCGGGACGUCCAUCCCUGCAGGCAGCCGGCAUCACGUCAGGGCCCGAGGCUGUAAACUUCCUCAUAACAGCCCGCUGCUGCUGCAGCCGGAAGAUAUUGACUCGGAGGAGAAACAAUGGCACGAAUAA